UGGGGGCGCUGCGUUCUGCCGACAGCCGUCCUCUCCGCAGUAGUCCUCAUUCGGGUUGCUGGGGGAGGACACGGUGAGGGGAGCAAGAGAGAGGUGGCAGGCUCAUACAAGAGAAUAAAACAUUUAAAGAAAGAAAGGUGUGAGAGGAGAGAGAGAGAGCGGGAGAGAGAGCUUGUCGCGAGGCGGGUCGCGCCCGGCAGCUGACUCGAAUCGGUCCUGAUUGACACGCCGCGUCCUCUCCGAGCGCUCACCGGUAGCAGGCGCGUCCACCGGCCGGGCUAAGAGGCGUGCGGGGCGGCAUGGUGGCCGAGGAGCGCCCGCUCCGCCUGGUUGUGCAGCGGGACGGCAUCAGCCGCUGUGUGGAGCUCCGCGGCGGGACUGGCAGCAUGGGGAAAGAGGUGGAGGAGCCCAGCACCAAGCGAACCAAACCGGCGUCCAGAGUGGCCUCGUUGGCCGGCCUCCUGCCACCCGUCAAAACUGCACCACUGAAGAGGAUCAGUCAAACACUGCAGCGUUCUAUCAGUUUUCGGAAUGAUAGCCGGACGGAGAUCCUUCCAUCUUCCCGCCCCUGGACACGCCCCUCUGCAACAACACAGACACGCCCCGCGGCCGCCGGGACACGCCCCUCGACCGCGGCCUCGGCGACCAAACGGCGCGACAGCAAGCUGUGGAGCGAGACGUUUGACGUGAGACUGGACGCGACACAGCCCCUGUCUGCUAAAGAGAUCAAACGGCAGGAGGCCAUAUUUGAGUUGGUUCAGGGGGAGCAGGACUUGGUGGAGGAUCUUAAUUUGGCUAAGAAGGUCUAUCAUGACCCCAUGCUGAAGCUCUCAAUCAUGACCGAACAGGAACUCAACCAGAUCUUUGGUACCUUGGACUCACUAAUACCACUGCACGAAGAUCUGCUGAAUCGCCUCCAAGAUGCCAGAAAACCUGAUGGAUCCACAGAACAUGUAGGACACAUCCUGACACACUGGCUGCCCUGUCUGGACCGCUACACACCGUAUUGCAGUAACCAGGUCUCAGCCAAAGCCUUACUGGAUCAGAGGAAACAGGACCGGCGCGUCCAGGACUUCCUGCAGCGCUGCCUCCAGUCCCCCUUCAGCAGGAAGUUGGACCUCUGGAACUUCCUGGACAUCCCUCGCAGCCGAUUGGUCAAAUACCCGCUGCUUCUCAAGGAGAUUCUGAAGCACACACCCAACGACCACCCGGACAGACAGCACCUGGACGAGGCGAUCUGUCUGGUCCAGACUACAGUCGCAGAGAUAAACAGGCGGACGGGGGAGUCGGAGUGUCAGUACUACAAGGAGCGCUUGUUAUACACGGAGGUUGGGCGGAGGGACACGCUGAUCGACCGCUCCAAGACGCUGAGCUGUCACGGAGAGCUCCGCAACAACCGGGGAGCGAAACUCCACGUGUUUCUCUUCCAGGACGUGUUGGUGAUCACCAGGUCCCAUUCCCUUGCCGACCAGCCAGUCAGCUACCAGCUCUGCCGUCAGCCGAUCCCCAUCCGACAGCUGGACCUGGAGGACCUACCGGAUGGAGAGAUCAGAGUGGGCGGGUCCAUCAGAGGAGCCUUCAGCAACAACGAGAGGACUAAGAACUUCUUCAGGGUGUCACAUCGGAUCGGUGGACAGCUUCAGACCCACUGCUUCCAGGCCAGCGAUGCCUUUAACAAACAGCAGUGGGUCAACUGCAUCAGGCAGGCCAAGGAGGCUGCAGCGCUGGCCAGUGACCAGGGACCGGGUGGUGAGACGGGACAGGAAGGGGAGAUGGAGACGGAGCAGGGACGCGAGGCAGAAGAGGAACCAGUCUGCAGGCUGGGUGGAGGUGCAGAGACGAGUCUGCAGCUGACAGAGGAGGGAGGAGAGAGGAACGGAUCCUUCUCCUCUGAGGAAACAGGACAAUCCUCUUUGUCCUCCGCUCCUCCAUGCGAAGAGGAGGCCAUGGAGGUCAAUAUGGACAUCAGUGGCCUCACCUCCGCCCAGGGGGAGGUGCUAACCCUCAGGUGCUGACAUUAAGACCAGUCAGAACAGGACUAGGCACUGACACACUGGUGCUACAAGCAGUCUGAGGAGGACUACACAAUGAUGCCAGCACAUGGAAAGAAAUCAAUCAGUGAGCACUUAAAGCCAGAUAAUUAUUAUUUUUGUAAAAGAACCAGAGAGAUGGAAAAAGGAAGAAAGGAUAAAUGACUUUUACUAGACUGAUUCUAUGUAACCAUGACAACCACUAUGUCGUAGAGUCUAAAUGCCAUGUAACACUGGAGAAGGCGGAGCUCCUGAAGAGUUGGUUUGCUAAACGGAAAGCUGCUGGAGGGAUGUCAGGGGAGCAGAGGUCUCGUCCGCCUCGGACCACCGACGGGGACACAGACAGCUCGGCCACAGCGCCACCUGUCUGAUUCUAAUGGCGUGGUAGUGGAGAGACUCUUCAGAGCAAAGUGACUUGGGUUUCCUCCGUGUAUCCUGUUGUUUAACUCGUAUUUUCCGUUACACCUGAAGUCCUGACUCUGUACGUCUCCGCUGCCCCCGCCUACGCCCUCUAACCGGUGUGUUGUUGAGUGCUGGGUGGGGGGGUGGGGGUGGGGGGGGGUUAUAGCUCAGUCUGAAAGUUAGAGAACUUGUUAAUGAUGCCACAGGACCCACCCGGGACGAGCUGAGAUGGAUAUCUUAAAGCUGGUAUUGAAUUAACGUGCUGAGGUCUGAUUUCCCAUCUAAAGUCCGCCUGCUGUCAGAUGUCGUUGGGGGUCAGCGGAGGACCGCAGUGUCUCGUUUCUGACAGCAGGUGGCAGCACCAGAGGCGCGAUCGAAGGCCACCUGUAACGUGUUUUAAGAGGCAGGACUGAACCUGCGUGGAGCAGGGCGAACCAAUAAGGCGGCGGCGAGCUGGUAACGUCUUCACGUUCUGGGACCCUCCUGUCCUCCUCCUCAACAAGGUCAAAGGUCAGAGACUGUGGGGAUUCGGCGUCUCGCCCAAGAGCACCUCAGCAGAGGACACAAGGACUGAGUGCGGUUUGAAAGACUUGACACGACCGUGGAUGCGCGAGUCCCUUUUAUUUUUAUGACCCGACACUGGUGAAGCGCCUGACGCCCAAAAGAACAGCCCCUCGGCCGGCCCGCCCACCUCCCGGGGCGGCUAACGGGGCGCGCCGCACUGAUGCCCACGUGUUCUUUGAAACUUCUGUUUCGUUUGUAUCCCGUCAUCCUCCGAGUGUGAAACUUGACGUUUUCAUUGUUGUCCUCAUUUCCCCCUUCUUCUCUGCCGCUCUCGUGUGUCGCCCUGCGUUUCCUCGCGAGUGUGCCGGGGGGGGGGGGGGGGUGAGUCUCGUGACUUGGCGAAGACUUCCAAACAGCGCGGCUCU